AUGUACCUCGCUCAUCAAAUCGGAAGUACCGCUGAUAAAGAUCGAAGAUCGAUUAACCGAGCAUCAGCUGCAUCGCAAGAACGAGAAGAACAGGAAGAGCAACAACAAGUCGAAGAAAAUCUGCCGCGAAUAAGUCUACCGCAAACACCAAAUCUUCUACAGCAAUUUCAACAGAUUCAGCAACAGGAUCACCAGAGAACUCAGCUACAGCAAUCAAAUCAGCACCGUCAACUAAACGAUUCGCUACGGGAAUCUGAGGACCAAACUAACAGGGAUGAACUACAACGACAACAGUUACGACAAAACCAGUUGCAGCAACAAUGGAAGAACAAAGACAAAACUCAAUGCGCCGAUAAAUGUAGGACUCCAAGCAGCGGAAGGUCAGCAGAAGAAGAGUCGCUCAGGUUGCGUUCGAUAAUGUAG